CUCUUUCAGCAUUGGAGAUCAAUUUGUGCGUGUGCAUGCCCGUGUUUGUCAUUAGUGAGUGGACACAGCGUGAUCGAGCAUGCAGCCUCAUUGAUCAUUACCAACCUGGCUGACACUCUGGACCCAUCAUGGAGUCGGGGAAGCAGCUGACAGGUACACUGGCCCUGGCUGUGUUCACAGCAGCUCUGGGGUCCCUGCAGUAUGGCUACAGUCUUGGAGUCAUCAACGCACCACAGAAGGUCAUUGAAAAACAUUAUGGGAGGUCCCUGGGGGUGUGGUCAGAGAGGGCUGCUGUCCUGUCAGAAAACAGCACAGAUGAAGAAGCGCUCCCAGAGGCGGGACAACACCCUGACGUGGUCAUGUAUUGGUCACUGUCGGUGGCUAUCUUCUCCAUCGGCGGCAUGCUAUCGUCCUUCCUGGUGGGAUUUGUGGGAGACCUGAAAGGGAGGGUAAAGGGCAUGCUAAUGGUCAAUGUUCUGGCUGUAGCUGCCGGACUGCUGAUGGGUCUUUGCAAGAUGUGGAAACCUCACAUCAUGGUCAUCUCCGGCCGCGCCAUCAUGGGCUUUUACUGUGGGUUGACAUCUGGGUUAGUGCCGAUGUAUAUUGGAGAGAUUGCACCCAAGGCUUACAGAGGGGCUCUGGGUACAUUACACCAGCUGGCCAUUGUUAUUGGCAUCCUCAUCAGCCAGGUAAUAGGCUUGGACUUUAUAUUUGGUAACGAUGAAAUGUGGCCUGUGUUGCUUGGUUUGUCUGGAGCUCCGGCAGUGUUGCAAUCCCUUCUGCUGCCUCUGUGCCCCGAGAGCCCACGGUACCUUUACAUUGUACUCAACAAGGAGCAGGAGGCUCGAAAAAGUCUGCAUCGUCUAAAGGGGGCCUAUGAUGCCACUCCUGAUCUGGAGGAAAUGAAGAGAGAGAAAGAUGAAGCAGACAAGGAGCCCAGGGUCUCUAUCCUGUCUUUGAUCCGCUCCUCCGUGUACAGACAGCAGCUGUUUGUCGCCCUCAUGAUGCACCUCUCCCAACAGUUAUCUGGCAUCAACGCGAUCUUUUAUUACUCCACGGCUAUCUUCACUCGGGCUGGUGUCGGUCAGCCGGUCUACGCCACUAUAGGAGUCGGGGUCAUCAACACAGUCUUCACUCUGGUGUCUGUUGCUCUGGUGGACAAGGCUGGCAGGCGCACUCUGACUCUGGUUGGUCUGGCAGGGAUGUGCUGUUGUGCAGCUGCCAUGACACUCGGCCUCAGAUUCCAGGAUGAAUACUCAUGGAUGAGCUACGUCAGCAUGUCAGCAAUCUUCCUCUUUGUGAGUUUCUUUGAAAUUGGUCCUGGUCCCAUUCCAUGGUUCAUAGUCGCUGAACUGUUCAGUCAAGGACCUCGGCCUGCAGCUAUCGCUUUAGCUGGCUGCUGCAACUGGACCAGCAACUUCAUCGUAGGCAUGACCUUUCCAUACAUACAGGCUUUGUUGGAUUCUUAUGUUUUCAUCCUGUUUGCUGUUCUGCUUUUCGGCUUCACUGCCUUUAUUUAUUUCCGGGUCCCUGAAACCAAGGGAAAAUCUUUUGAGGAGAUUUCUGCUGUCUUCCAGAAGGGCCGGAAAAAGUCGGCGCAGAUCCCCAUAGACACUGCGGAACUGCAGCAGCUCAAAUCAUCCACAGAUGCCUAAAGCAACAGCGGUGUAGAGGAAGGAAAAGGUUUAGCACGUUUAAACUUAAAGAGUGGCACGUCUCUCUGGUGCUUUCAGAAUAGGGUAGUCUUCUAUCAGGAGAGGCUUUAGAGAUUAAGUCCAAACUGUACAUGAGCACAAAGAGUAGAGGCAACAAACCUUGCUAAAAAGACGCUUUUGACGCCAGAUGUGUCUUCAUCAGUCGGGACGUUAGUCUUUUGGACUUCAUCUCUGAGGUCUCUCCUGAUAGAAGACUGCACUAAUACAACUAUGUAUUUGCAUGGUCAGUUUGUAAGUGUGUGCAAGGGCAUGUCCAUUUGUCAGUAUUUCACAAGUGAAGUGUUAAAGGUCCAGUGUGUAGGAUUAACAGGGAUUUAUUGGCAGAAAUCGAAGCUAAUAUAAUAAUUCUUUAAUAAUGGUUCAGUUCAAUCAAAUUCAAGUUAAUUUGCCCCCAAAGUGCGGUUCGUUUGGGCAGGUGUGAACUAGGAAAUCACACUCAGGUGCGCAACAAAACAACCAGACUGAGACCUUCUUGAAGAGGUGGUCUCGGUCUGGUUACAAACGAACUCAUGGUGCGGUUUGUUUGUGAUGAUAACGUGUUCUGACCUCAAUCUGAUCCAACUGCAGUCACAUGACACAUUGUUUGGGUUAAACAUGAGCAUGUUACAGUCCUGGAGGAUUAUUAAUGUGCACCUCCUCCUGUACUGACUUAAUAUGCACAUUCAGCACAUCCAAUGCAUCAAAACAUUGUUUUCUAGUUGGAGCCGCGCCUCGUUUUCAAACUGUAUGGUUUGACUAAAAUGAAAAUUGACAGCAAUAUAGUCCACGAUGAGCAGCGCUAAAAUCAACCUGCGUAGUAGAUGGACCAGUAAAUCAAAAGCUUCGCCUUCCACGACAGUCUGGCACAGCGCUCGCAUCACUGCAGAAGCUGCACCAAACCGCCGGUACAUCUCACGCUCCAUUCUACCCUCACGCGUGAACAACGUGGCCUCAGAUUUGGAGGUGCUGACUCUUAUCCUGACAGCUUUACAUUUGGCUUUCCCAGUGCAUGCUGGAGGUCAAGGUGUGAUGAAGUGAACAGAACCACAUCAUCUGCAAAAAGCAGAGAUGCAAUUCUGAGGUUCCCAAACCAAACCUCUUCCUCCCCCGGCUGCACCUAAAGAUCCUGUUCAUGAAAAUCACAAACAGGCUAACACCCACUGAGAUCAUGUUUGACUUAAUGUCGAGUAUGCGAACGCAACUCUUUGGUCAUACAGGGACCAGAUGGCUCAUACCAGCAAGCCCGAUACCCCCUAGUCCUGUAGUACCCCCCACAAGACUUCUGGAGCGACGUGGACUUAAGCACUCUCCAAGUCCACAACACACAGACACGUAGACUUGAUGGGCAAACUCCCACAAUCCCUCCAGCAGCAUUGCAAGGGUAAAGAGUUGGUCCAUUGUUCCACGGCCAGGACAGAAUCCGCAUUGCUCCUCCUGAAUCCGAGGUUCGACAAACCAUCGGUUUGACUGUCUUUACUGCUGUAAGACACUGAAUCCCCCUACAUCUUACACACUGGACCUCUGAAGUACAUACAUCCUUAUAGUUUUAUAAUAAUUACUUUGUGACUUAAGGAGGGUGUUGUUUUUUUUUAUAAACUAACUAUGAGAACUACCUAAAAACCAGCAGUGACUCACAGUAUCAUGUUUCCGUUAUAUGGAGUGGUGUUUACAUUCAAUCAAAUGAUCUUGCACUGCAAUCAUGUGACUUGAUCAUCGAAGCAGGUACAGUCAAUAUUGGAUAACAUGACUAUAUGUUUGUGAAAGGGGAUGCUUGCAUUGCUGAACCUACAGAGAAUUAUGACCCGACUCUGCAGUUCUUUUCAGUUUUAUUGAGCUUUGUAGUGUCUUGUGUUUAAGUUCACUUCAACUGCUCACACGGCUUCGUUUUUAAAAGGAGAGUACAUCUGGGGCCUACAUUCAUUGGGGGCCCAAAAACACAUUUCCUAAUGAGUGCUAACAUGUCUGUAGGAUUUAUAAAUAGACCUCUUAUGGCUAUCAUGUUUGUCACUGUUGAUCUCACAGCUUGUUUCUGCUGGUUUACCACUUAAAAUGCAUUUUAAAAGACUGGAACUGUGAAAUCCUUGCAUCUGAAACUGAGUCAGUGUUUAUAUUUGCAGAGCUCUUAAGGAAAAGUAUUCAUCUAAUAAAGAGUCUGUUGUGCUGCA